AUGGCCCUUCGUCGGAUUCAAAAGGAGCUGAAGGACUUGGUGAAAGACCCGCCUGCCAACCUCAGCGGCGGCCCUGUCAACGAGUCGGAUAUCUUCCACUGGCAUGCGACCAUUAUGGGGCCGGAGAAAUCACCCUACGCGGGUGGUCUUUUCUUCCUCCAGAUCCACUUCCCCUCCGAUUACCCUUUUAAACCGCCACGAGUCCAGUUCAUGACGAAGAUUUAUCACCCAAACAUCAACAGCAACGGGGGGAUUUGCCUAGAUAUCCUAAAGGAGCAGUGGUCGCCCGCCCUGACGAUCUCGAAGGUGCUGCUUUCCGUCUGCUCGCUGCUGACGGAUCCGAACCCGGAGGAUCCGUUGGUGCCCGAUAUCGCACGGCAAUACAAAAGUGAUAAAGCGGCUUUUGAAAAGACCGCGGCAGAGUGGACGCGGCAGUACGCGAUGAUGUAG